AUGUCGAACUGGAAAUCGGUGAUCGGUGUCGAUCCAUCACUUUCACAAAUCUCAAAUGCAAAGAAAGCAGAAAACAUUCAAUAUAAACAAUCACCUGCAGAGUGCAUUGAUCAACCACCAAACACAGCUGAUCUUAUAACAGUUGCACAAGCAGUACAUUGGUUUGGUUUACCAAAGUUCUUUGAAGAAUCAAAAUAUACUAAUGUUGAUUUAAUUAAGUUUAUGGAUCGAUACUUCUCAGAGGCUACUGAUACUGUGAAUGCAACCGUUCUUCAUUCUAAAAAAAAACAAUAA